GGUAAAUUGCAAUAGAAACAGUCAGUCGUGAAUCUCGAGUGUAGCAGUAAGCAAGAAAGGCAUCCGUGUUACUUUGUUUUAACCAUGUUGAAAUGCUUCUUUAUUUAUUGUAUUUUAAUGGGAUUCGCAACAGUAUCGAAUUCGCUGUCGAUUUUAGUGAUAGAAGCUCUUCCAUCGCCCAGCCAUCAUCUUUGGACGACGAAUCUGGUAAAAGGAUUGCUCCGCAAAGGCCAUCAUGUACAUGCAGUGAGCCUCUAUGAAACUAAAGUUAAAGGUACACUCGGGCAGAAUUUAACAUACGCCGUUUUUGAUAACCUAGUAAAAGAAAUGCGGGGAGACGAAAAUGCUGAUGCAUCUGAAUGGGAAAAAUAUAAUGUAUUCUACAUGAUAUAUUUUGUAUAUGAAUGGUCGACAGUUGUAUCUAAGAAAGUGAUAGAAACUAAAGCAGCGACGGAACUUUUGGAAAUGAUCAAAGAGGUUGAAUUUGAUAUCAUAGUGCAAGACAUUACGAUGCCUGAAUGCUUAUACAGUUUGUGGGAAGUUGCUAAAGGCAAGCCGCCUGUAGUAGGCUAUCUUCCAUUUGGUACUGCACCUUGGCUCAAGUAUUAUAUUGGAGGCCCUCAUUAUCCGACUGUUCGAUCUUUUCCAUAUAAAAAUCUUGCAAAACCCAUAAAUCUGUGGGAAAGAACAUUGAAUGUUCUUUAUUACAUUCUGGACGAUCUCGUCCGGCAAUAUUACUAUAUGCCAAUCUCUCAACAAAUAACUAAGCAAUACAUAGGUCACGAGAUUAGAUCGUUAUUUGAAAUAGAAAAAAAUAUUACUAUCAUAUUAAUCAAUAGUCAUUCUGCGUUUGAACCUGGGAUUCCAUUGCCGCCAAACGCCAUAGAAAUUGGAGGAUUGCAUGCUCAAGCUGUACAAGGAAUUACUAACGAGGAAACUACAACAUAUCCCGAUAGCAUACGUAAAUUUCUUGAUGAGGCAACGGAUGGAGUUGUUAUAAUAUCGUUGGGAACGAAUGUAAAAUGGAAAUCGAUCGGAUUAGAUAAACUUGAGGCCGUCACACAAGCUCUGUCAAAACUCAAACAACGAGCACUUUGGAAGCUAGAUAUUGAAAUGCCAUUUCAAGUGCCGAAUAAUAUAAUGAUUUUAAAGUGGAUGCCUCAAAACGAAAUUUUGUCUCACAAGAAUGUAAAAGCAAUAUGGACGCAUGGUGGUCUUUUGAGUACACAAGAAGCCAUUUGGAAAGGUGUACCAAUAAUCGGAAUGCCAUUCUUUAUAGAUCAAAAAUAUAAUAUAGCAUUAUUAAUAAAUAAAGGUGUUGCUGUACAGCUAGAUAUUAAUACUUUAUCCACGGAGUCCAUAUUAGAUGCUUUUGAAAAGAUACUUUACAAUGAAAGUUAUACAAAAAAUAUGAAACAAUUAUCCAGUGAAUUUCGGGAUCGACCAGUGCCGCCGUUAGAUUUGGCCGUUUGGUGGAUCGAAUACGCCGCUCGUCAUCCACAUGGAAGUUUAGAAUCUCCGCUUAGAUCCCAGAGUUGGGUGGAACAGAACCUGAUCGAUGUCUACGGAUUUUUGUUCUUUAAUCUUAUUAUAAUAUUGUUGACCGUAUAUUUUGUAUUGAAAAAAUUAUUUAAUUUUUGUCAUGAUCAUAUAUAUGCCGUAUCUAAAUCGCAAAAGAAGAAACAAAUGUAAUACUUUCAAAUAUUAAUAAUAAGUGUUGUAUUUAAAUAUUGUUAAUU